AUGCGAGGGGUGACUGCCGAACCCAUUGCUCCGCGACCAACGAAAUACAAAGAGUUCCUCAAAACUCUCGCAGAGAACUCGACCAUCUGGUUCACCAUCGUCCAUAGGGAAACGGGACAAUUCAUGGGGCAAUGCAGUAUCAAAGUGGUAGAGCCUGUGAAGAACCGGGAUGGAUUGUUCGGGAUAUCGAUGCUUCCAAAGUUUUGGGGAAAGGGUUAUGGCACGGAGGCGACGAAAUUUACUGUAGAUCAUGCGUUCAGAGCGCUGGGAGUUCAACGCAUCUCGUUGAGUGUAUUGGAGGGAAAUGAAGCCGCCAUCGCGGUUUACAAGAAAAUCGGAUUCAAGGAAGAGGGUAGGAAGCGACGAGCAAACUGGAUCGAUGGCCAUUGGGAAGAUAGUUUGAGCAUGGGUAUUUUGGACGAAGAGUGGGCUGAGAUGUAUUGGAAGAAUUGA